CUGGAUUGUGUAGCUCCGAAGGCAAAUGGGAGUUUCCAGGAAGUAGCCAUAUUGGAAGCGCAAUCAAGCUUGUUCCACUGUGUCAGCUAGUUUACAGAGAGAGUGAGACGAGGGCAGUUUCCUUUCGCCCAGAUCGGCAUUAAAACGCAUACAUUUCGCACCAUGGCUGCUACGGACGUAGACAUAUUUUCUAAUGAAGAAAAGCGUAAUCUCAGUUUGGGUGGCCAUGUUGGUUUUGACAGCCUUCCCGAUCAGUUGGUCAGUAAAUCGGUGACACAGGGUUUCUGCUUCAAUAUCCUCUGUGUAGGGGAAACGGGUAUUGGAAAGUCGACGUUAAUGAAUACGCUUUUUAACACAAUGUUUGAGAAUGAGGAGGCCAGCCACUACCAGAAUGGCGUGUGUAUGCGGCCCAGAACAUAUGACCUCCAGGAGAGCAACGUCCACCUCAAGCUGACUAUUGUGGACACUGUGGGGUUCGGGGACCAGAUCAACAAAGAGGAGAGUUAUAAACCGAUAGUGGACUAUAUCGACACACAGUUUGAAAAGUACCUCCAGGAAGAGCUGAAAAUCAAGCGCUCCCUCUUCAACUACCACGACGGGAGGAUCCACAUCUGUCUGUACUUCAUCGCUCCCACGGGGCAUUCGCUGAAGUCCUUGGAUUUAGUUACCAUGAAGAAACUGGACAGCAAGGUGAAUAUAAUCCCCAUCAUCGCUAAAGCCGAUACAAUCUCCAAGAGCGAGCUCCAUAAAUUCAAGAUUAAAAUCAUGAGUGAGCUGGUGAGCAACGGAGUGCAGAUCUAUCAGUUCCCCACAGAUGACCACGCAGUCACAGAGAUCAACUCCUCCAUGAAUGCUCACCUCCCCUUCGCUGUGGUGGGGAGCGUCGAGGAGGUUAAAGUGGGAAACAAAACGGUGAGGGCCAGGCAGUACCCCUGGGGAGUAGUACAAGUGGAGAACGAGAGCCACUGUGACUUUGUGAAGCUGCGUGAGAUGCUGAUCAGGGUGAACAUGGAGGAUCUGAGAGAGCAGACUCAUGCCAGACACUACGAGCUCUACCGCCGCUGCAAACUGGAGGAGAUGGGAUUCACAGAUACAGACCCUGACUGUCAGCCGUUCAGUCUCCAGGAGACCUAUGAGGCCAAGAGGAAAGAGUUCAUGGGAGACCUGCAGAAGAAAGAGGAGGAGAUGCGACAGAUGUUUGUCAACAAAGUGAAGGAGACUGAGGCAGAGCUGAAAGAGAAGGAGAGAGAGUUACACAACAAGUUUGAGCAGCUGAAGCACAUGCACCAGGAGGAGAAGAGGAAGGUGGAGGAGAAGAGGCGAGACCUGGAGGAGGAAAUGAACGCCUUCAACCGCAGGAAAGUGGCAGCUGAGACAUUGUCCUUAGCCCAGCCACUCAAGAAGGACAAGGACAAAAAAAAGUAAUUAAUAUAUGGGCCCAAGCCAACCAUGGAUUUGUCUUCCAUCAUCAUAGCGAUGUCGACAUUUUUUUUUAAAUACAUUCCUUCAUGACAAUGUACACAUGGACCAAAGAUGCUGAUGGGACAGGAUCUGAAGAGAUUGAGCGAGAGAGCUGACUCGCUGAAAGUGGCCAUUCCCUUCUGGAUCAUUCAUGUUAUGAUUUGUCUUCUUUUUUUUAAAUACAUUUUGUUCGGUUUUUCUUUUUCUUGUUUGAGACUUACUGAUCUGUUUUGCUCACCCUCACUGGUUUUGUGACUGAAGGCACAACAAAUCAUGGACUUUCAACAUGCAAUGCUUUUUGGUACUGACAUGUAUUACCUUGUUCUCCCAUGUUGUCAGUUAAUGUAAUGUUAAUGGCUAAGCAUUUACUGGUAGUGUAGGUGAACUCAACUCACCACCAGCCAUACACCAGGGUUCCUCUAUCUGACGUUAGACAGUGGCCAUACACCAGGGUUCUGCUAUCUAACGUUAGACAGUGGCCAUACACCAGUGUUCCUCUAUCUGACGUUAGACAGUGGCCAUACACCAGGGUCCUCUAUCUGACGUUAGACAGUGGCCAUACACCAGGGUCCUCUAUCUGACGUUAGACAGUGGCCAUACACCAGGGUCCUCUAUCUGACGUUAGACAGUGGCCAUACACCAGGGUCCUCUAUCUGACGUUAGACAGUGGCCAUACACCAGGGUUCUGCUAUCUAACGUUAGACAGUGGCCAUACACCAGGGUUCUGCUAUCUGACGUUAGACAGUGGCCAUACACCAGGUUUCCUCUCUGACGUUAGACAGUGGCCAUACACCAGUGUUCUGCUAUCUGACGUUAGACAGUGGCCAUACACCAGGGUUCUGCUAUCUGACGUUAGACAGUGGCCAUACACCAGGGUUCUGCUAUCUGACGUUAGACAGUGGCCAUACACCAGGUUUCCUCUAUCUGACGUUAGACAGUGGCCAUACACCAGUGUUCCUCUAUCUGACGUUAGACAGUGGCCAUACACCAGGGUUCCUCUAUCUGACGUUAGACAGUGGCCAUACACCAGGGUUCUGCUAUCUGACGUUAGACAGUGGCCAUACACAAGGGUUCUGCUAUCUGACGUUAGACAGUGGCCAUACACCAGGUUUCCUCUAUCUGACGUUAGACAGUGGCCAUACACCAGGGUUCUGCUAUCUGACGUUAGACAGUGGCCAUACACCAGGUUUCCUCUAUCUGACGUUAGACAGUGGCCAUACACCAGGUUUCCUCUAUCUGACGUUAGACAGUGGCCAUACACCAGUGUUCUGCUAUCUGACGUUAGACAGUGGCCAUACACCAGGGUUCUGCUAUCUGACGUUAGACAGUGGCCAUACACCAGGGUUCUGCUAUCUGACGUUAGACAGUGGCCAUACACCAGGGUUCUGCUAUCUGACGUUAGACAGUGGCCAUACACCAGGUUUCCUCUAUCUGACGUUAGACAGUGGCCAUACACCAGGGUUCUGCUAUCUGACGUUAGACAGUGGCCAUACACCAGGGUUCUGCUAUCUGACGUUAGACAGUGGCCAUACACCAGGUUUCCUCUAUCUGACGUUAGACAGUGGCCAUACACCAGGGUUCCUCUAUCUGACGUUAGACAGUGGCCAUACACCAGGUUUCCUCUAUCUGACGUUAGACAGUGGCCAUACACCAGGGUUCUGCUAUCUGACGUUAGACAGUGGCCAUACACCACGGUUCUGCUAUCUGACGUUAGACAGUGGCCAUACACCAGGGUUCCUCUAUCUGACGUUAGACAGUGGCCAUACACCAGGGUUCCUCUAUCUGACGUUAGACAGUGGCCAUACACCAGGGUUCCUCUAUCUGAUGUUAGACAGUGGCCAUACACCAGGGUCCUCUAUCUGACGUUAGACAGUGGCCAUACACCAGGGUUCCUCUAUCUGACGUUAGACAGUGGCCAUACACCAGUGUUCUGCUAUCUGACGUUAGACAGUGGCGAUACACCUUAUAGAGUGGGGUCUGAAUUCUGUGCCAAAUUAGACCAGACCUUAGUCAUGAAUAGUGAUAACAAAACUGAUAAGUACAAUACCUGUAUAUUUAUAUUUUUGCAAACACGUAUAUGUAGGUACCAUCGAGUAAACUAGUCCAAAAUAUACAAUAAAUACUGGUGCUUUUUAUAUUCAUCCAGAAACAUGUAUGGUAAUAUUUUGAGCUUACGUGGUUUUAUUAAAAUGUAUAUGAUGAAGCACAUAAUGCUGUAUGUUUGUGAUGUACCAUAAGCCAUUGAUGUGAGAAGUCAGUUUACACUACCCAUAUGCAAAGCAGCGUCUAAUAGAGGCCACGACUUACAAUAGAAAUGUUUACAUCGAAAGGCUAGAAGAAAGAUGUACUCACUCACUUUAUUGGAAAUAAAUGCAAGCUCUCGCCUUG